AAUUGAGUUGCUUUCUGUGGUAAACAGUUAUUGCUCGUUCCUUGUUUCGAGAAAGGUUUUUAACUGCAAUGGCUGAGGAUCCGUGGGAAAAAUUGUUGUCUUUCCAAUCUUUUCAAAGCAAACUCCCCUCGGGUGCUGCUUAUGGUUACGGUAGAGAGGAUCUGCAAAGGUUGUGCCAGAGGGAGUUUCCCAGACUAGGAGAAGUCACUUAUCUUGAUCAUGCAGGUGCUACUCUCUAUCCAGAAAGUUUACUAAAAGCCUUCACUGAUGACCUCAGUACAAAUGUUUAUGGAAAUCCUCAUAGCCAGAAUAUCAGCAGCAAACUCACAUACGAUACUAUUGAACAUGUUAGAUUCAGGAUUCUACAGCACUUCAAUACAACCAUUGAAGACUAUACUGUCAUUUUUACUUCAGGAAGCACUGCUUCAUUCAAACUCAUUGCAGAAGCUUUUCCUUGGAUACCUGAAAACUUGGGGAAACCCGGCAGUCGAUUUUGCUACCUUACUGAUAACCAUACAUCUGUGGUGGGCAUGAGAGUGAUCACUACUGCAAAAAAUGUCAUAUUUGUUCCAGUAAAACCAAAGGAUAUGUUAUCAGGAGGAAAUACUGUGAAAGAAAAAGACAAUGAUUGCAGUACACCACAUCUCUUCUGUUAUCCUGCUCAGAGUAAUUUUUCAGGAGUCAAAUAUCCACUUGCGUGGAUAAAAGAGAUACAAUGCGGAAAACUCAGUCCCAUUGAGGUCAAAGGGAAGUGGUUUGUGCUUUUGGACGCAGCAUCUUACACCAGCACUUCUCCCUUAGAUUUAAGCAUUCAUCAGGCAGACUUUAUUCCUUUAUCAUUCUAUAAGAUAUUUGGAUUCCCCACUGGCAUAGGUGCAUUGCUAGUAAAAAAUGAAAUUGCUUCUUGCUUGAGGAAAACCUUCUUUGGAGGAGGAACUGCUGCUGCCUAUUUGGCAGAAGAGGAUUUUUAUUCACCAAGACAAUCAGUGGCUGAAAGGUUUGAGGAUGGGACAGUUUCAUUUCUUGAUAUUAUUGCAGUAAAGCACGGAUUUGAUGUUUUGGAAAAAAUAACAGGUGGAAUGGAAAACAUAAAACAGCAUACAUUUGCUUUGGCUCACCAUACCUAUUCAGUUCUUUCUACAUUAAAAUAUGCUAAUGGUACACCUCUUGUACGCAUUUAUAGUGAUACUGAUUUCAGCAACUCAGAUAUCCAAGGUCCUAUAAUUAAUUUUAAUGUGUUGGAGGAAAAUGGAGAUAUAAUUGGGUAUUCACAGGUGGACAAACUAGCUGGGCUCUACAAUAUCCAUAUGCGCACAGGCUGUUUCUGUAAUACUGGAGCUUGUCAGCAGCACUUGGGGAUAAGCCAUGAUGAUAUCAAAAAGAACCUACAGGCUGGUCAUGUGUGUGGAGAUGACAUAGACCUAAUUGAUGGACAUCCCACUGGGUCUGUGAGAAUUUCAUUUGGCUAUAUGUCUACAUUCGAAGAUGUCCAGGCCUUUCUGAAAUUCAUUAUAAGUAUUAGAUUAUCUGCUUUCAACUUAGUAAAAUCUCCAUGCCAGACAGAGAUUGUUCCAAAGAUCACAUCAUUUCCCAGACAGAAUAGCAACACUUGUGAUGAGAAGAAUGUAACUGAACAGCAUCUGGAAAGGAUAAUCAAGAAUUUACAGCUAAGUCACCACUACACAUCAGUGAUAAAACCGGAAGGAAAUGUGCAUUUGACUAAAAGUUGUGCAGAAAUCAACAUACCUAAAGUUUUUACUAAUUCAGUAGAAGUGCCAAACGGUAGAAAGACAAUUACAAUCACCAAUAUUUACCUGUACCCAAUCAAAUCAUGUGCUGCAUUUGAGGUUAUGCAAUGGCCUAUUGGAAAUCAAGGCCUGCUGUAUGAUCGUAACUGGAUGGUUACAAAUCAGAAUGGAGUUUGUAUUACUCAGAAGCAGGAACCACGUUUGUGUCUUAUACAACCUUUAAUUGACCUGGACCAAAAUAUGAUGAUAAUCAAGGCAGAAGGAAUGAAUCCCAUUUCUGUAUCCUUAGAAGAAGAUGGGGGAACUUUAACAGAAAUAUGUCAAAGCAAAGUUUGUUCUCACAGAGUGCAGACAUAUGAUUGUGGGGAGCAACUAGCUGAUUGGUUUACUAAGUUUCUCGGUCGACAAUGUCGCCUGAUUAGGCAGAGUUCAAGCUUCAAAAGAAAUACUUCUAAGAAGAAUAAAAAAGGAGAGAUCCCAGCUGUAAUUCCUUCACUUUCCUUAGUAAAUGAAGCACAGUAUCUCCUGAUAAAUAUGACAAGUAUUUUACAACUGAGAGAACAGGUUACUACAAGCCUAGGUGAAUCAUUUCUUCCUCAGGAAUUAAUUUAUCGAUUUCGGGCCAACAUUGUUAUCAAAACAAAUGAGCCGUUUGAAGAAGACUUCUGGGAUCAGAUUGCCAUUGGUCCUCUACAUUUCAGGGUUUUAGGACCAUGUCACAGGUGCCUGGUUAUCUGCAUUAAUCAACAAACAGGGCAGCGAAACAAGGACUUUUUGCAAAGGUUGUCAUCCAUUAGAGACAGAAAGACUAACUUUGGAAUAUACCUGGCAAAUCACUCUGAGACAGAAUUCUCCCUUUCUAAUGCCAUAUUAGUAGGAUCUGAGAUACUUGUGUUAAAGAACACUACAUCUUCAACCUCAACUGAAGAGAAUAAAUCAGUCUAAGCAGCAAAUGUAUCUGUUUUUUAGAGAGCUCACGUUUGUUGUGAAAUUUCAAUCUUCCUCUGUAUUAAUAUAACUAUGAUUAUAUGAUUAUCGUGGGAUGCGAUGGCUCAGUGGCUAAGAUGCUGAGCUUGUUGAUCAGAAAGUUUGGCAGUUCGGCAGUUCGAAUUCCUAGCACCGCAUAACGGAGUGAGCUCCCAUUACUUGUCCCAGCUUCUGCCAACCUA